AGGAGAGCUACGUGUACAUCAUCCAGCUUUCAGGUCUCACACAUGUGACACUGACAUCUGCGUGGAUGUGCGUGUGUCCGCGGCACGACCACGAUGCGCAGCCACACUCUUCUCAUGCACUUCUCAUGAUGAUGACGGCAAGGCCCCGCUUUCUAUGUCAACAGAAAGUUGAAUUCAAGGCCCACUGAAGCUGUGACAUCUUUGGAGAAACCGGUAAAGAAGCAGGAAGCAGAAUGAAGUCCAAGGGAAAAGCUGUGAAACCAUCCUGGUCUGACCCGGAGCCAGAACUUGAAGCAGACACAGAACCGGAACCUGGCUCCAGUGAGCAGGAGGGUUCUGAGGCCUCCGUGCGGAUUGGGUGCUCCUGGAGAGGUUCCUUGAGGAGCCGGGAGGGCAAGCGGCAGGGAGGAUCGAGAGGAGGUCGUCGACGCCGGCAGCACGGUUCCACCACAAAGGAGCGCAGCAUCCGACGUCUGGAGAGCAACGAGCGGGAACGCCAGCGCAUGCACAAACUCAACAACGCCUUCCAAGCGUUACGUGAGGCCAUCCCUCACGUAAAGACGGACAAAAAGCUGUCCAAGAUUGAGACACUGACGCUGGCAAAGAACUACAUCAAGGCCUUGACCUCCAUCAUCCUGGACAUGUCGGGGGCCUGUCUGCCGGCUGGCGAGGUCCCGUCGGAGGCCAGUGCCGCCAAGCUGCUCCAGUGCUACCAGCAACACCUGGAAGACGAAGGGGAGGAGGGUCUCAAACAGUACCUCACCCAUGUGCACAGCUUCAGCCAGCGCAGCUAGCAGAUGAGGAGGCUGGUCUCCGCGCAGUGGGAGAUUAGCGUGGACUCUUAGGGGCCAAAUGAUAUCUAGUUCCUGCAGGUGCACUGCUGUGGGAUCCAGUCAGGAAGGAGGUGUACUGGUGUGGAACCCAGUUGACUUUACUGCAGCGCUUGAACACAGCAAGCGGGCUGCUCGUCUUGCAACAGACAGUAUGAAGGGUGACGUUUAUUUGAAAGGGCUAAACGUUUGGACUCUCCUGUCGGUUUUUAACUUCUUUGUUUUUGGAGGCUGUGAAUUCUUCCUCUCUCCCGUGUUGUAAUGAUCUCAUCUUUUUAGUCGGUUUUCUGAGCAUAGCCUUCAGUCACAACUGUUGGAUUGAGAAGGGAACACAGACAUUUAAAUGAAGACGUGUUUGCUCAUUUGCUCACGAUGAGGAUGAUCUCCCACCCCGCUGAGAACACAACUGACUUGUCUGACUUGUCUGCAAAGAUGUUGUUUCAAGGUUAUUUGUAAUGUCUUGAGGCAGGACGUUGUACUGAAAAUGAGCUAUCAAUAAACACGUGUAUUUAUUGACUGGUAUUGGAUCGU